AUGUCUGAGAAUGAAGAUGUUGACAUGGAUUCGGGGAGUGAAUCCGAACUUUCGGCGAGUGAUACUUCUUGCAGAAAAGAGGGAUAUGAUGAUUAUUACAACAGAAACAGACGCCAGACGUAUUCAAGUGAGCUAGAGACGUCCAUGGACAAUCCAGACCUUCAUAUCUCUGAAGGAGGCUCGAGUGAAUCUGAAAGUCUUGAAGAACCCGAUCAGUUCAGUGAAGAUGUCGAUCCCGACUUGGGCUUAUAUGGUCGUAGGGCUAGGAGGGGACGUCAGUCCAUUGGCAGGCCAUAUAAUUUCGGUGCACGAGGUGGAAAAGGAAUCAAAAGAGGUCCCAGGAAGCCAUUAGAACCAAGCUUGGAGUUCAAGAAUUUACAUUCUGAGGCAACCUCUGCCUUCAUUGAUGCCGACUAUGAGAGAGCCACGGUUCUCGUGAAGCAGGCCAUUCAGAUCAAUCCCGAAAUGUUUGCUGCUCAUUCUCUUCUAUCAGAAAUAUUUCUCGCUCAAGGGCAAAAGGACAAAGCUCUUGCUGCACUAUUCAGUGGCGCGCACACACGACCGAAAGAUCCGUCCGUCUGGAUGAAAGUUGCGAAAUUGAUCUUAGAAAGAACCGGAGAAGAUCGGACCUCAGCAUUGCAAGAUGUAAUCUACUGUUAUAGCCGCGUGAUUGAGAUCGAUCAAAAAAAUUACGACAUACGAUUUGAAAGAGCCUCAGUGUACCGUGAGUUGGGCCAUAAUGGGAAAGCCGCUCAGGAGUACGAAAGGUUAUUAAAGGAUCUACCGCACAAUACAACAGCGCUCCGCCUUCUCGCAGAGACCUAUAUUGAUCUGAACGAAGUCGAUAAAGCAAAAAGUCGAUACGACGAAAGCAUCGCAUAUUAUAUGUCCCUAACUUUGGAGGAAGCCACCGACUUUACAUGGUCUGAUGUGAACAUUUAUGUUGAAUUUUUUAGCUAUCUGGACGACCAUGAACAGGGAAUAUUUAUGUUGAAAUCUCUUUCUAGAUGGUUGCUAGGGCGGAAAGAUAAUGUGGAAUGGGAUGAUAUUGUUGAAGACGACCGAGAGUUUGAUGCUGAACAUUUCCCUCGCCGAUCAGAGGUCGCUUUUUUUGUCCCAAAUAAAUAUCCGAUCGAGUCUUACGGGAGUGGCCUUCCCUUGGAGCUUCGCGUGAAACUUGGAAUAUAUCGGUUGAAAUUGGGCCUCCAGUAUCGAGAAGAGGCGUUGUCUCAUUUUUCGUGGCUAAACCCGGAUGACUCCUCGGAAGGCGCGUUACUCUAUGAUUUCGGAGAUCUGUUCAGGGAGGCAGGCGAUGCACUCAAAGAUGCCCAAUUACACCAAGACGCAAUAUUGUUUUACCUUCCACUCCAGAGGACUCACGAAUACGCAGAUACAAGUCUUUUUAUGUCCAUGGCUGAAUGUUAUGUCGCUUGCGAAAAUGAUGAAGCAGCUGAGAACUGUUAUUUAACGGUGGUCGAAUAUGAUCGGAACAAUAUUGUGGCUCGGGCGAAAUUGGCCAAAUUUUACGAAAAAUUAGGAAGACAGGAGUCAAUGCCAAGGCGAAGGCGGAAAUUUGGCUCUAGGGCUUUACAGCUUGCGAGAGAGUUUCGCUCAACGGAGUCUGGGGGUAAUUCACUGGCAAUUUAUGAGGGUCCUAUUGGGGCAGAAAUCGAAAACUGGAGAACUACCACUCCUCCAGCCAGUGUGCCCGGUGGCCUCGUGACUUCCGCUGCUCCCCUUUCUAAGAAGCGGCGGCAGGCAAAAGAAGAAUAUGUCGGCGCUGACCAUAUCAGCAAUGAGAGAAGGUCAAGAGGAUGUAACGGAAGAUUGGUUGGAUAUCGCGGAUGCUUUGUUACGAGAUUUUCGAUCAAAUCGUGUCUUUUUCCCCAUGCAAAGAAACAUGAUAUUCUCGGGAUAUUCCAGAGAAGCCCAACGGAAAGCUGGACGCCUGAAAUCGACAACAAUCAUGGACGAAAUGGAGGAAAUGGCUGGACGGCUUCAGGCAACUUUAGGCAAGCGUUACCUUCAAUUGUUUAUGUUAAAGCGCUGCUAAUUACAGGUCUAGGAACCCCCGAAAUUGAUCCUGCGACGAUCCCAAAUGAUUACCAUUCUAUAUCAUUCGAACAGUGGCUGGAUAUAUUUCUGGAAUAUGCACUUGUCCUUUCUGGGCAAGGCCAAUCUGAAGAAGCAUACGACACCCUUUCUGCUGCAGCCGAUGCUAGCAUUUGGUAUCAUUCCAAACCCAGCAAAGUCCAAAUUUAUACUUGCUGGUUCACUUGCGCGCUCCGGCUGAAGGACGAAGAAACACUCUCCAACAUCUCCCGCUGGUUCAUGAAGGAGUACCAAUUCGUAACCGACACAUACCGGCUCUUCGCAACACUAAGCCGACUCUGUGGCGACCCACGAAAAUCGCUGUUCCAUUCGUCCCCCAGCAUGAAAUUCAUGCUGCGUCAAAUAAAGGCGAUUGAUUAUACCCUCCCAGAUGACCCGCUGCGACCUACCCAAACCCGCCGCACUCGAGCUUCCGUUUUCCAAGAACGUGCUACCCUUACCACCAAGGAUGCAUCUGGCCAACCCAUCCCAGCUGAAGACAUGGACAUCCCGCUCUUAGUGCUAUACGGACAUAUACUCUACGCCGGUACAAGCUUCACAAACGCCCUCAACUACUUUUUCCGCGCGUAUGCCCUCGCACCGGAGAACCCCGUCGUUCUCCUCUCUAUCGGUCUCAGUUACAUCCAUCACUCCCUUAAGCGACAGUCUGAUAACCGACACUACCUCAUCAUGCAAGGAUUGUCGUUUAUGCAGGAAUACCGACGUGUGAGAGAAAAGAGCCCUAUUCCACAGGAGCGACAAGAGGUAGAAUUCAACUUCGCGCGGGUCUGGCAGAUGUUGGGCUUGACACACUUAGCUGUACUGGGUUAUCAUCGAUGUCUUGCUCUCAGUGAGGAAGUAGAAGCUGAGCGCGAGAGAUUUAAGAAAGGUAAAAAGAUACCUGUGACUGCUGGUGGUGGGGCUCCAAGUAAGGAUGUCUGGGUGGAAGAUUUCACUCGUGAAGCUGCCUUUGCUUUGCAAUGCCUCUAUUCUUUCUCUGAGGAAACGAAGCUAGCGAAGGAGGUCACUGACAGGUGGCUUGUCAUUUGA